AUGGCUUUCAACCUAGUGCAAUCGCACUCCGGGGCCGAGCUGGGACCAGAGCUAUCCGAUGUCUUCACAGAUGAAGUCGGUUUUAAAGGUCUCUCCGGAGAUGCGAAUAUCCGCUUACUACCUACCCCUUGGCCCGAAAAUUCCCUUCCUUCUCCGACCUCUUCUCUCCUAGCUGUCGCUCAAAGCAAAGGAGUGGUUGUUGGUGCCGGCCCAGACACGCUUGUGAUCGCAAGCGCCGAAUCUAUCAGAAAGGCCAUCGAGGCACCAGCAGGAGAGGAUAAACUCAAAACAAAACCGUUCCAGCCACAAGCUACUAUCCCUCUCCCCGCGCGGCCUACGCAUGUGGCAUUUACCGCGAACGAUGAUGCUUUGAUCCUAGCCACGGAAAAUGGCUCCCAAUUAUCUGUUUUCAAGACCACCGAUAUCGUGCAAGGGAAUGCGCAGCCGGCUGUCUCUAUUCCUACCAACGGCGCAUCAAUUCGGGCACUUGCGCCUAACCCGGACCCCAACUCUACUUUCGUUGCUCUCGUCACUGCCAAUGGCGAGCUGCUGGUCGCCGACUUGAAAGCUGGAAACCUGGUUUCAGGCGCCAACGGCCCAAUCCUCAGGAAUGGAGUUAGCAGCGUGGCAUGGAGCAACAAAGGAAAGCAGCUGGUGGCUGGAUUGGUAGAUGGAACAGCGGACCAGAUGACCCCCGAUGGGACAAAGAAGGAUGGUAUUCCUCGUCCAUCUGAUUUGGAGGGCGAUUGCCAUGUUUCUUCUGUGUCAUGGCUCGAGAAUGAUGUUUUUUUCAUGGUCUACACCCCGAAUGCCACUGACGAUGGGACUGGACAGAACCCGCCUUCUUCUUACUACAUAAUCACGAGACGAAAGCAGGCUCCUUUUCUCAUUCAGAAACUGCCAGAGAUUUGCUCCACAGUGGGCUUUGCAAUGAACCGCUCACCGGCAUACAAUUUCACUGUACGACUGCGAGACUACAAGCCUUCUUUGAAGGACGUCUUGAUUGUAUCAUCAACUGCAUCCACCGAUGUCGGUCUUAUCACCAGAAGUGAUCAGCCACUUGCCAGUGACGAAACUUCUAAAGCCCUUGUUGGCCAAUUCAUGACCACGGAAGUUAAUGACGAUGCUAAGAGAGCUUCAGUUCCGUUGAAGGAUUCCGUCGACGAAACUUCGGUCAUCGGUCUGGCUGCGGACCUUUCUUGUCAUGAGACUGUCAUUGCACCCAUUGCGGGUGAAGACAUCUCAGAGAGCUCAACUCCUCUGCCUGGUCUUAUGCUUCUCAACAAUGACGGUAUUCUCUCAUACUGGUGGUUCAUUUACUCUGAUGCUAUUCGCCAGAAAGUGCCGUAUCCUGGUCUGGUCUCAGCUCCUCAGACAUCGAUGACAGCCUCCCAAAUCCAACCCCCAACUCCCGCCCCAGCGCCCCAGCAGCCUGCUUUUGGACAGUCUUCCUUCGGCACCCCAUCGGCUAUUGGCUCAUCUACUUUUGGUAAGCCAUCUGGCGGUGCCUCCUUCGGAAGCCCGUCUACCAUGGGAUCGUCUACCAUGGGAGCAACAGCAUUUGGGAAGCCAUCCUUUGGUAGCCCUUCUCAAAUGAAUGGGGGCUCAACUCCAGCUUUUGGCAAACCUUCCUUCGGAACGCCGUCUCAGCCUGGUGUUGGGUUUGGCUCCACGAGUACACUGGGCCAGGCACAGUUUGGCAAGCCUGGAUUCGGUGCCUCAACUGCUGCCGCGCCGUCUCCCUUUGGGCAGCCCAGUACCCCUGCUAAGUCACUCCUUGGGACCGGAACUGGCUCUACUGGGGGUGGUUUUGGUGCUUUCUCUGGUGGGGGAGGAGGUGGAUUUGGUAGCCUUGCGGCAUCCAAGCCCACUGAACCGGCCUUUGGGAAGCCUGCGGGACAGAGCGCUUUUGCCGCAGCGCCAACUCCCUCACCGUUUGGAGCUAAGCCACAAACUGACACAGCCUUCCCUCCAUCUAAUGAGGUGAAGAAUCCCUUUGGCGGCGGCACCUCUGGCUUCACACUGGGAUCUUCCUUCAAACCCGAUGGCACGGCUGCUACCGAUCUACCGAAAUCUGACAACAAGUCUUCCGGUGCCUUUUCUCUUGGUGGAUCAUUCGAUGAUAUGGUCUCAUCCGGCAAGACAAGUCCCCAGCCAGAGUCAAUGGAUGAUGUGGAGGAUGCUACUGCUGAUGCCGCAGCACCACCAGUAAAGACCGAACCGACUCCUAUGUUCGGUAAGCCGACUUCCCAAAGUACCUCUAUGUUUGGGAAGCCGACUGCCACCACAUCGCCAUUUGGACAGCCGAAGCCUGCUGCAGAAUCGUCAUUUGGAAAGCCAACGCCUCCUACAGAAUCGCCAUUUGGAAAGCCAAAGCCUGCUGCAGAAUCGCCAUUUGGAAAGCCGACGCCUGCCCAAACAUCACCAUUUGGAAAGCCGACACCUGCCACUAACAACCCGUUUGGAAAGCCGGCUGCUACAACAUCGCCAUUUGGAAAGCCGACAACCACCACCACAUCCAUAUUUGGAAAGCCUGCGACUGAGCCCACACCCAAGGUCCCCAGCCCCAUCGAGACGACAAAAUCUGGGUUUUCCAUGUUUGGGAAUAAUACGGCUACUCAGAACACCAACCAGUCCCCGGCUCAAAAUCAACUUACAAGCCCUCUGUCGGCGCCUUCGGACAAGACGGCGACACCGAAGAGAGAGCAGUCCGUCUCAACGCCUACCUUUGAUACACCAUUGCCCCCCGAUGCUACCAGCAGGGACAGCUACGCACCUGGUGACACAUCGGCAUCCUCUAAUGUGUCUAAAAGCUCUAUUGAGGAUGCUCCCCUUCCGCCUGACUUUACUGGUCUAAACAAAUCUGCCCCGAAAGACGAUGACGCACCGCUUCCACCAGACUUCUUAUCACAAAAGAAGCCUUCUGUCAAGGCUGAGGAAGCUCCUCUUCCUCCGGAUUUCUUAUCCAAGCCUAAAAAGACUGAGGAUGCCCCUCUUCCACCAGAUUUCCUGUCGCAGAAUAAGUCUCUUAUCAAAGCUGAGGAUGCCCCUCUUCCUCCAGAUUUCUUGAGCAAGCCUAAAAAAGCCGAGGAUAAGCCAGCUGUUCCCGAAGACUCUCCCUUGCCCCCGGAUUUCGUUACAUCAAGGCCUAAAUCUGCCCCCUCGGAGGAGGCUGUGCCUGUUCCCGAUGAGUCGGAUGCUGAGUCGGAUGUUGAGUCGGAGGAAGAUGCGGAGGAAGAUGCAGAGGAAGAUGCAGACGAAUCCGACUUUUCUGACAGUGGCGAGGAGAUUACGCAUGACGAGACAGAACUUCCAAGCCCCAAACCCUCGGCACAGGGUUCUUUCGCCGGAUUUUCUGACAAGAGCUCAUCUGGUGGCCUUUUCGGAGGAUUUUCAAAGCCGAAGCAAGGACAAGCCCCAAGCACCCUAUUUGGUGAAAUUACCAAGCAACCUCAUCUUCCGCCCCCUGGGCGCGCAGCUCAAAGUGCCCGCGAGCCUUUUAGGUCACCAAGUCCUACUCGUUCCAAGCCGCAGAAGAGCACCCUGUUCAAAAACCGUUCUGAGAAGCCAGUUGGAAGCGCCUUACAUGCCCGUAAGGCUUCUUUGACCCAAUUUGCCCAACAGCGUGGCGAACAGUUGAGGAAGGCCAGCGAUACUGCUCAAGAGGAACAGCUUCGCGCUCAACAGGCCGUGAAACAACGCCAGGAACAGGAAGAAGCUCUGUCUCUCUCUGAAGAUGACGAGGAUGAGAGACUGCGUGCAGAUCUUUCUCGGCCAAUUGAACCUGUAGCUACACUUGACCCAUUCCUACCUCACCAGAACUACAUGGGUGAGACGGCCAAGCCAGGCAUUCCAGGCAUGAUCGAACGACUGUACCGCGACAUCAACUCCAUGGUUGAUACAUUGGGUAUCAACUCUCGUUCAAUGGAAUCAUAUCUCCUGUAUCAGCAAAGGUCUCAGACCUCCGGCGUUGAGAAGUUAGUGGAUGUUCUACAAAGUGAGCAACCUGCCAAUGUCCUUGAUGAAAAGCUGUUGUUGCAAGACAUCAGCAAGCUUGAUGAGGUGGUUGCCGCUCUUGUCCGUUCUCUCAGUGAGCAGCGUGUGCAAGGGGUAGAGGAGAAGCUCAACCAAUGUCGCGAGCUGCUGACCAAGGACAUUGUGACUCUUCGUGGUCAAUGCGCCAGCAUUCGCAAGACGCUGGAUGCGCACACAGACACUGGUGCCAUCCUCGCUGCGCCUCUGUCUGCCGAACACGCCGCUCUGCAGCACGAUCUUCGGACAACGUUUACAGAUAUCCAGAGCAAGAUGGCGGAUCUGGAGCAGGGCGUCUCCUUGUUGAGAGCUAAGAUUGCUGACGUUCCUCGCGCCGAGAGCGACUCGCGGCAAUCGAAGCGACCAACAGUGGAAGCUGUCACUAAGACAAUCGCUACGAUGAUGAGUAUGGCCGAGAACAAGAGCAGUGACAUCGAUGUCCUGGAAGCACAGAUGCGAAAGCUCGGUAUCGACAUGACGAACACGAUUCCUAGCAGCCGCGAGGGAUCACCCUUCACUACCCCCCGCAAGAACGUCAGUCGUUUCCCCACCACACCUGGCUCGCGUGGCUCGAUCGACAACAGUGCCUACCACACCCCUGAGUCUGCUUCUCACGGCGUUAGCUUCCGGGCCAGUAUCAAUGGCUCUGCCAGACACAGCCGCCUUCGCAGUGUUGAAAGCUUUGCGCCUGUGGUUGCCCAAGAAGAGAGUGCUCGCUGGAAGGUCAAGACACAACGGCGGCAACAUCUUGUUGGCAACCUGAAGGCGGCCAUUGAAAAGAAAGAGAUCAAGGUUCGAGGCGUGGACGAGUUUUAG